AAAACCCCCAAAUCUGCCCCCAUUUCACGCCCCACUCACUCCAAACCAUUCCCUUUUAUCAACGAAAGCUCUUCUUCCAAACUAGGCAGAGUUAAGAAAUCCCAAUCUUCCAAGAAGCCCACUUCAGAAACUCCUCCUUUUUUGGAUUCCAAUAAUGCCGCUCCUGAAACCGAGUCGCUUUCUGUGUCUCAAGACUUGUUAAAGCUGCCUGAGGAGGAGCUCCUAUUCACUCCCGUGGCUGUGAGUAAGUUCACAAUUCGUUCCGCUUUCGAUUGUGUAGCUGCUGUUGUUGAUAAUCAUAAGAAUAGGCUUAUCGAUGAUGACAAAUCAAAGGCUAGCUCUAGUAACUCUAAAACCCCACCAAUUCAGGCUUCAUUUUCUCCGGAGAUCCAAUCCACCGCCACCACAGCAAAUACUCCUGCUUGCUAUGGUGCUGGUCAUCUCAUUUCUGGGGUUACUGACCGGAGGAAAUGCAGGGCCAGAGGGGUACUUGCUGUAGCUCUACCGGCUGCUAAUGAUAUGUCGAGCGGUAAUUCUAACAGUGCUGACCGCGAAAAAGAUUAUCCUACAGGACUUGUUAACAGAUCCAGUGUUUCCAAGCUCUCUUCACCUGCUGAGGCUUCAAUGCACUGGCUUUUGUCUCCAUGUCAUGGGGACGACCUCGAUGACAAGGAAAAUUCUGCUCCUUUGCACGGCUUGCUCGAACCUAAAACGCUUCCGUAUCCUUCCUCACCUUUAUCUGAUCUUGGCUUAUCUUUGGAUUUGUGUAACUUCAGCAAUAACACAAGUGAUACUCCUAAUAGCAGCUGUAAUAAGAGCCAAAGGAGCACAAAUAAUAUGCUUAUUUCCACUCAACUUCCUCAGUUUCAAGUAUGUUUAGAUUCUUUAAGUGACUAUGCUCUUGUUUCGUCCUCUCCAAAUGCCACGCCUUAUUCCAGAGCUGUUCCCUUGAAAGAAGAGGCAAAGCACUGCUAUAAGAUUGAAGGAGGAUGCUCUCCAUUCUCUACGGAUACUUUCGGGAGUGAAAAUGUUAUGCAAACCCCAACCUCUGAUUCGAGCUUGGAAAGGCAUGCUGGGCUGUCAUGUUCAAGUGCAAAGGACCACAAGAGAUAUCACUUUCAUUCUGAUCAGCUACUUUCGGUGGCUGGAGAUCUUGGGACGGAAAGCUUGUCUCCCAAGAGCUAUGUAUCAAUAUGGGAUACAACCAGUUCUAGUUUUCAGUUCGAUCGUUUGACUGCACCUUCCAAUUCUAUGGAGCUUCCUCCGUUUCAGAAAAUUCUGGGUGAUCAAUCUUUGUGGACUUCUAAUUCUACAUUCGAGAAUGUGUCACAAUCACUGAUGAGAAUAUCCUGGAGAGAAGGAUUAGUAAGUCGAAUUUUUGAGAUGGAUGAGGUUGAUAGUUGCAGAUGCCUAUCAGAUGAAGAGGAAGAAUUAAAUGUGAAUAGCUGUGACCCACUUAAACCCUGCCAAAGUCUUGAGAUCAAUGUUGAUGUAGGGAAUGUUCCAACUUUAAAGAAUGCUUUUGGGUCUACUGAAUUUGUACAUGGUGAAAGCAAAGAAAAGCUUCAGUCUCCAGUACAAGGUUCAUGUGCAGAGUCGAUUAGCACUGAUGGAGGUGGUUUGGCUCGUUCAGAGGAUUCGGAUUGGAAUCUUUGCUACAAGAACAAUUUGUUUGAAGUAUAGUUCAUGAUCCUUAAUUCCACUUGUGUCUGUCAAACCUUUGGCUGUAUUGAAUGAGUAUCAGUUGCUCUUUGAUAUUCUUAACUUAUGGAAUUGUAGUCUUCACCAUAAGCUAUGGAACUCGUUUCAGACAAGCAUUUUCAUCUCUAUACACUUGAAUGAAUGCUAAGUACUUGAUACAUAAUCUUUAGUAGUUGCUUAUUUAUGGAGAAUUAAUGUGACAGUGACAGAUACUGAGUGUGUAAGUCUCCUGGUCUUCAUUUGAGUGACCUGGAACUGGUAAUGGAACCUACAGCCUGCUCUUAUGAAAAACUCAUGAUUUGAUGAAAAUAUGAAAGAUGCAAAACCUUACACCGCACCAUGCCAGGCCCAAAACGAUUGGCUAAAAAGAAAAACAAUGGACUGCAUAGCCUGAUAGAUAGGUGGCAGCUGGAGGCUGAAGGCUGAAGCCGGCGACCGUCAUCCAUGCAUGUCACAUUUCACCGUGUACAGGUCAACCAGAUUGUGACUCUUCACCUAAACUUUGCUUAAUAUUAUAUCAUCUCUACUUACUUUAAUUUAAUAUCUUAAUUAUUUGAAUUUGGAUAGGCCUUAAUUCCACCAUCUUCUUUA